AUGAGUGCGAACACAGGACACGCAGGCAUCGGGCUCGAGACAACUCGACAUCUUGCAGCAAAUGGUGCUCGGGUAUACAUCGCAGGUCGGUCCGAAGCUCGAGUGAACGAAGCCAUCUCCAAGAUGCAGUCACUUCAAUCUUCGUUAGACGUCCGCUUCCUGAAAAUGGACCUGCAAGACCUUAAAACCAUCAAGGAGGCUGCAGCAGAAUUCAUGCAGAAAGAGACGAGGCUGGACAUCCUGGUCAACAAUGCAGGGAUCAUGGCUAGCCCUUUCGAAUUGACGAAAGACGGUUAUGAGAACCAGUGGCAGACCAAUUUCCUAGCACACCAUGCCCUAUCUCUCUCCUUGAUACCUCUAUUCCAACAGACUGCCCGGCUUAAUAAUGGCAGGAAAGCAAGCGUGAGAAUCGUGAGCGUGGCCAGCGACAUGGCUUUUCUGGUGGGCCCCAAGAAUAUAAACUACAAGGAUCCUAAUCUGAUGGACCUGACGGGAAGGCUCGCCCCAUGGAAACGCUACAGCCACAGCAAGCAGGCAAACAUCAUAGGUGCCAAAGCGAUCAAUGACCACUACCAACACCUGGGAAUUACGGCAUAUUCACUCCAUCCAGGCAUCAUCAAGACGAAUUUGCAGAGCCAUGACACGACUAUACUUGGGUCGAUCACGAGGGUCGCCAUGAAUGUUGGGCCAACGUUUUCCACACUAGAUGGCUCCCGUAAUUCCUUGUAUUGCGCGACCAGUCCAAAAGCUGCAAGCGAAGGCGGUUGCUACUUCGUUCCAUUUGGGAAGGUAGAUCACAAGGCGGACAAGUGGCUAAAUGACCCAGACGCGGUGAAGCAGUUGUGGGACUUGGCCAUCCGACAGCUGACAAAGAGUGGUUUUGAGUUUCAGCUGUGA